AUGUCGAAGAGAGGUAAGAACUGUGAAUAUUGCUUUCAUGUUUGCCUUAUUCUAGGACGUGGAGGUUCUUCUGGAGGGAAGUUUCGUAUCUCGCUGGGUCUGCCAGUAGGUGCAGUAAUAAACUGUGCCGACAACACAGGAGGCAAGAACCUGUAUAUUAUUGCAGUAAAGGGAAUCAAGGGUCGUCUUAACAGACUGCCUGCUGCAGGAUCAGGAGACAUGGUGUUGGCAACAGUCAAAAAAGGAAAGCCAGAACUUAGGAAAAAAGUGAUGCCUGCAGUGGUUAUCAGACAACGGAAGGCGUUUAGAAGGAAGAAUGGACUGUUCAUUUACUUUGAGGACAAUGCAGGGGUCAUAGUGAACAAUAAGGGAGAAAUGAAAGGCUCUGCUAUCACUGGUCCUGUAGCAAAAGAGUGCGCAGAUCUGUGGCCGAGGAUCGCCUCCAAUGCUGGCAGCAUUCAAUGAAAUGUACAGAACAUGUGUUAACAAUAAACUUCUCUGACUUAUCAAAA